GCAGAAUCCCUUUUGCCCUCGCCUCGGAAUGGAGCGCUUCAGCUACUCGCGCAACGGCGGCGUCGACUUGAGCUGCAGCGUGCGCGUCUCGGUGCCCAGCACCAUCGACGUCGACGGCAAGACGUACUACAAGGUCGCGAUGAAGACGGUCAAGACGUCGCCCGCCAAGUCGUGGGAGGUCGUGCACCGGUACUCGGAGUUCCUCGCCCUCAAGCAAACGCUUCAUGCGCACUUGAGCGAGCAAACGGAUCUCGGGAAGACGUGCCCGGGCUGCCAGCACUACAUGCAUGCGCUUGGCCAGUUUGACUUUCCGCGCAAGCACCUCUUCUCGUCCAACUCCGCCAUGGUCAUCAAGUACCGCCAGAUUUCGCUCCAAGCCUUUGUCUCGAUGCUGGCAUCGCACACGUUCACGACAUCGCCGCGGUGCCCCACGUGCAGCGGCCACGCCUUUGAGCUCGUGCGCGACUUCUUCGUCGUGAACGACAAUCCCGCAAUCCUCGAGAAGCUCCCGACGCCGAUCCAAGAGGCCGGCAAGUCCGAGUCGCUGCGGUCAGCGCUCACGGUCGACAACUUCCUCGAAGUCCACCCCGUCGCGCGCGACACGGUCGUCAACAGCGCCGGCGAAUUUCUCACAUCGCCGGCCAAACCAUCCCCCGGCGAGCCAUCACCUUCGAAGCAACGCGGGGCGUCCACGCAACCACCGCCAGCGCCCAUGCCAUCAGCCAAGAGCCCUGCCAAGGAAGGCCACAUCCAAACGAGCCAGGUCAAGGUGUCGUCGUCGUCGUUGGUCCCAGACGCGCCCCUCGACGUCGACCGCUACUCGUUCGAGAGCGGCGUGCCCAUCGCUUCGAAGCCACCAGUCGUCGUGCGCGAAGAGAGCGCCGACGACGACGACGACUUGUCCUUUGACGGCGUCCGCAUCUCGGACCAGGACGACGAGAAUGCGAUCAACAUGGACUUUCUCGCGCCGAAAUUGAAGGCCCAGCCCUCGAUGCCCUUGACAUUUUAGGAUCAACGAACGAUGCGUCUAACUUACUAACACCAAUGCACAUCGUUCUACCCUCU